AUGGCCAACGCCGUCGCAUCCUCCUCCCGCGACCGGCCCUCACAGACCAGGGCCAGCAUGCCCUCCCUCAGCCAGCACGACAGCCCCCAGGGCGUCGUCAUGACCCACGAAAUCAAGCACGGACGCCGCACAGGCCUCGAGGGCCUCAAGAUGAUCAACCAGUACCUCCUCAUGAUCAAGGUCGGCAAGGGCCAGCACGGCGACGUCUAUCUCGCCGAGGACACCCUCGCCCUCGACGAGAAGAACAAGAAAGUGGCCGUGAAGGUCGUGCGGCGGAAGAACAAGAGCGACCGCCUCAAGAAGCUCAGACGGAACGACAACCUCCCCCGCUAUCCGCACCUGCCCCUCGCCGACCAGCUCGGCAGCACAGAGCACAAGAUACGCAAGGAGAUCGCGAUCAUGAAGAAGCUCAGCCACCCCCACGUCGUCCGCCUCCUCGAAGUCAUAGACGACCCGCUCACGGACAAGAUCUAUAUGGUCAUGGAGUACCUCGGCGGCGGCGAGAUCAAAUGGCGCACCGCGAACGACAACCCGCUCCUGCGCGUCGACCAGACGAGGCGCAUAUGCCGCGACGUCAUCCUCGGGCUCGAGUAUCUGCACUACCAGGGCAUCAUCCACCGCGACAUCAAGCCCGCGAACCUCCUCUGGACCGCGGACCGGCGCACGGUCAAGAUCUCCGACUUUGGCGUCUCGACGUUCUCCUACGCCCAGCGGCUCGCCGCGGCCGGCAAGGGCAACUUCAAGGAGGACGACACCGACCCGAUCCUCAUGGACGACUCGGACCUCUCGAAGACGGCGGGCACGCCGAUGUUCCUCGCCCCGGAGAUCGUCGCCGACGCGUCCGAGUCCGCGUACCACCUCCCCCUCCCGCACGCGCACUCGCAGUCCUCCACCCAGACCCAGACGCAGGCGCAGACCCCGACGCAGCAGCAGCAGCAGCGCAAAAAGCCCCCGAUCACGAAGGCGAUCGACAUCUGGGCGUUCGGCGUGACGCUCUACGGCCUGCUCUUCGGCACGCUGCCGUUCCACGCGCAGACCGAGUUCGAGAUCUACAAGGUGAUACGGACGCAGGACUGGGACGUGCCCGAGACGAUGGGGCUCGACCGCGUCCCCACCGGGGGGCGCUACCCCGCGCUCCGGCAGGGCGCGGCGGCGUACGAGCGCGCGAAGGGCAAGCGGCCGGUCGGGAAGCUCGUGGCGACCGCGGCGGACCCGGAGGGCGUGCAGGUGAUGGGCCUGUUGGAGGGGCUGCUGGAGAAGAACGCGGCGAAGCGGAUCACGCUGGAACAGGUCAAGCGCCAUCCGUGGAUCCUGCGCGACCUCGCGAACCCGGAGGAGUGGCUGCGCGAGACGCAGCUGACGAAGUACAUCCCGCUCGAGCCGACGUACGACGAGACGAGCUCGGCAAUGUCGGCCGUGCGCUUCCGCUGGGCGCGCCUGGGCACGCGCAUCUGGUCGACGAUCCGCAAUGUGAGGCCGCAGCGGUCGUUC